CUUAGAAUUCUGUGGGCUUGUUUGUAUAGGCAGAUGAAAAUGAGGACUGAGGAGUAGUGGCUGAAACUGGCAAGUUCAAUUACGCCGAACCAUCUGCAUCCCAGAAUUGUGACAAUUGUCCAGCAUAGUUGGGUAGCAAAGGCCCACUGUGUUGAAAUACAGAAAACCAGAAAGCCCAAACCCAGAAACCGCCAAUAGAUUCAGCACACAAUCCAUUGAAUGCUCGAUGUAAAGCCACCUUAGGAUAAGGACACGUGGGAAAAUUAAAAAAAAGAAGAAGAAAUUAUAUAAAUAGACACAUAUGUCACAUAUUCACAUAUGAUAUGAGUCACUCUUCUUAGUUAUACUUAUCCUUUCCUGAACCUUCUUGUGAUCUCAAAGCUUAACGAAUCAAUCAACCGCUGACAUGGCAGAAGAAGAAGAAGAACGCAGGAUCCUGGUGGCCGUGGAUGAAGGCGAGGAGAGCAUGUAUGCUCUCUCAUGGUGCCUCAAGAACCUUUCUUUUCAAAAUUCCAAAGACACCCUUAUUCUCCUAUACGUCAAGCCCCCUCGAGUCACUUAUUCAGCCUUCGAUGGCACAGGAUAUUUUUUUGCCUCUGACAUAACGGCUACCAUGGAGAGGUAUAGCCAACAAGUUGCCGAUUGCGUCUUGGAGAAAGCCAUGAAAUUGUGUAAAAAUAUUGAAAAUGUGGAGACGAGGGUAGAGAAUGGCGAUCCAAGGGAUGUGAUUUGUCAGAUGGUUCAAAAGUUGGGUGCUGAUGUCUUAGUCAUGGGAAGCCAUGGUUAUGGUCUCAUCAAGAGGGCUUUCCUUGGAAGCGUCAGCAAUCACUGUGCACAGAACGUGAAGUGCCCGGUUUUGAUUGUGAAGAAGCCAAAACCAACCGCCGGAGAAACAUAAUAAUAAUAAUACGAAUCUAGUAUUUACCAGCUUUGUUUUUAUGUAAAUAAAUAAAUAGACAAAAAAACAGUUUGCUUUUGUCGCCUAUGUGUCAUUUGGGUUGCGUGUGUUUUGUUCCUUUCACCUCACAAAAUAUUAAACCUUAAAGGGUAAAGGGAAGACCAGGAUGCAUGCCCUUUUGAUUUU